CUAAAAUAAUACUUUCCUGUUGUAAGAAGCUAGAUAAAUUUAAGUAUCCGGAUGUUUUGUAAAUGUAUAAACAUAAAACACAUCGCGGCGCAGUAUUUUAUUAUAUACCAAACUAUCAUCCCCCGCGCGAUCAAUCUGACCUUCCCAAGGUGACGAGGAUCGAUUAUGUCGUCUGCAUACGUGCGUCUUUCUAUGUAGCUCGAAAAAUUCCGGAAAAUUUGAUUAAUAUUGUAUUGAGUGAAGGGCGAGGAGGAAAACCUGUUGUAAUAAAGGAUUGUGAGGGACUGACACAUCGGGGCCGUCUUUCGAAAGCAAUCAUGCUACUUCCUUGGGAUGUUUUCAAACAUCAUCUAAAGCACCAUCAUGGCACUCUUCCUCUAGCUCUAGUUGUCGGAUUAGGUUCCGCCCUUUCUAUUUCCUACACAGCAUACUGUCUAUACACAAGUCCAGAUAUCAGACUUUGGAGAAGGCAACGGCUACCACGAUACGAACAGGUUGACUCAGCUAAAAGUAAAACAAUAUGGACAAUAAAACCAUUGACUCAAAGGACAGGACCAGCAAAAGAGACGGAAGUUUUAGCACACGAGGCUGUAGGACCUCACCAAUAUCUAUAUGGCGCCGAAAGACAAAACUAGAUGUAACAGAACUGUAGAAGGAUUCACAAUACAUGUAGUUAUAAUGUUGUUAUUUCCGUCUCAUAAUUUUCUGUUUGAGAUGCAUAACAACAUGAAAUAUUUUAUUUAUGUAAAUGAAAUUUACACACAUAUCUUAAAUAGUCGAUUUUAGCAUGUACUUAUAUCUUAUAAAAGGUGCUAAAAAAUGUGUGUAGUUCUUUAAAAUUAGCAUACAAAUUACGUUAGCACAGUGUAAAUCACACUAAAUUAAGAUUUUGUUUUUUCCCAGUUGUUUAAAACAUAUUUCAAGUUCAUAUAUUUUUUCCAGAAAGUUAAUUCUUGCAUUGCUCUGAAGAAAUGUCUUCUUUGAUUAUUAAAUAAUGAAAGAAGGGUUAAUUUUCAGAGAUGUUUAUGGCAUUCAAAGUCGUAUUUCGUAUAUUCUUUAACGAGACACUAUGAAAUUAUACUGCAAGACCUGAAAAAAUAUCACUUUUUGAUUUAAAAAAAAGGAAUCUCUUAAAGAAAAGGAAAUGAAUAAAGAUUAAGUGCAUUAAAAGUAUAUUCGUUGCAAACAAAGCACAAAACGGACACAAAAUCUGUUAAUACAUUUUUAAGUCACAAAAAGAAAAAGAAAUUGUUUCUCAUUAUUCCCCCAACUGUUGUUAUAUGUAUACUCCGAUUCUAUUAACUUUCUGUCAGUUCAAGAAGGCGAAACAGUGAUCAGGGGUUUCAAAUAUGAGAUAUCCAUGGAAAAGACAAUCAUAUAUUCUUGAACUUCUUGGUGGAAAUCUUACAAAUCUUGUACAUUGUUUCGCUGAUGACCAAAUCAUUAGUUAAGUUCGAACUACUAUAAGGAAUUUUUAGUCUUUUGUCUUUAAAGAGGACAUUGUUGAUAAUUCCUUAUGUUGCUUUGCUAGAAGACUAAUCAAGAUGAGGCGAUAAAAGAAAAACCCUAUCCGUCUCGUUUAGUUGCAUUUCAUAUCAAUGUUUGUGUUAUAAUCAGACAAGUGACAAGAAUAAAAAAAAAUACAACUGCACUGUACUAAAAACUGAAAAUCAGUAAUUGAUCAUCAAUGGUUUUUAGUAAUCAGUGAUUGUUUGAACAAGGCCCAUAGGGACAAAUUUCAAUUUUCACAACUAAUCAGAAAUUCUUGAAAAAAAAAUUAAACGUGAUAUGUGAGAAUGCACAGCCUUAAAUAGCUUUCUUAAUAGAACUGUUGGUUAAAUAUAUCUCUUAUGUACCUGCAAAAUUGUAACAUAUCUGAGGGUUGCAUCUUGCAUGUAUCAUUGCCACUGAUGUGGCAAAGUGUGGCAUGUGUUAAAAAUGUUUGUAACUGAUUUGUGGAAUUUAUAUUUAUUUAAAUAAAAUGAAAAAUAAAA